CCCUAAUUGAAAAGCCAUGUAUCUCCCUCUCCCUUUUCUUAGAUUAACGCAGCGACGGCGCCAAUUUCUCCCAUUAGGAAAAGGUUUUUUUCCCUGGUGCUUUUUCUUCCAUUUUUCAUUAUUUUCUUAGUUUUUUCCAAUAAUGAAUGCUCUUUUGAAUCUCCAUCCGGAUAGUUUAUAAUCUAAAAGCGAGAUCUUUCGGCAAGCUGCGGAUUACUGGUAAUUUUUCUAAUUUAUUCCCCCAGUGUUAUUGUUUUCCUGAGACGCAUUUGUUUUUGGGUAAAACCCUUGAACCCUAGCAAGCCCUUCUUCUCAUUUAGGCGGGAAAGAAGAAAUCUUUCAUGCCGCCAUCUAAUUCAAAGGCAGAUGUAGCCCACAAUAAGACCAAAAGAUUAAAGGUUGAGAGAGAAAAUGUAGGGUCUUCCUCUAAUGGUUGCAGAGAUGUUGUUACAUCGUCUUUUGAUUUUGAGAAACGCCGAGCGUCUUUUGUCCUGAAACAAAAAGAGAUUUGGGCUGUAAGGGAUGAGUUUGGGAUGCCUCGCAGCUAUGUGUUUGUUUGGAGCGGCGGGGACAUCCACUCGGCCGAGCUGGAUGAGUUGAGAAAUCGUGAUCAUUUUGAGAGGUUACGGCUUGGUGGUGGUGUUCCUAGUGCUUGGGGAAUAUUCGAUUCCAUUCGUCGUGAACCCCGAGAUAUACCUGCUUUGUCGCACAAGGUUGAGAAGCCGAAGAACUAUAAUAAGGUGUUGCCAAGGAAAUGUGAGGUUUGGGCCAUUAGAGCAGGCAAUACUAAAACAUUAUUCGGAGAUCCGAGCCCAACGUUGCUCAGAUAUCAGAUGGUAGAGGCUCUUACGAACUUUGUCGAAAAUAAGGGAAUGAAGCUUGUGUAUUUGGUCUCAAUCGCAGGUGUAAAUGGCAACCGCUUCAGGAGAUAUCAGUCUGCGUUCCACGUUCAUCCAGAUUUCGUUCUAGAACGGUUCUCUCACCAGGUUCCUUGUAUGAGAGUUUCUGGGGAUGAUCUGUUGGAGUUAGAUCCUUCAUCCUUGCCCCUCUAUGUUGAUGAUUUUGAAACUAGUUUUGCGCCCGAGAUCAAUGACAAUUAUCUUUUCUUGGGUCUCCUUGAUCGAAUGGCAUCUACCAAUACAGAAUUUGGCUAUGAAAUUUGGGCUGCAUUUGAUCAUGACUGUCGAGUUCCUCAAAAGUAUGUUCAGCUCCGGCACAAGAGAAGGUAUCAUAAAGCAAUGCAUGAGCUGGUUCCUAUUUUCACCUACGACAAUGAGAAGAAAUGGCAAGAAGCUGGGUUACCUAUAGCUUGUGGGAAGUUUACUGUAGAAACUGUGGAAAGUGAGAGACACUUCAUUCUCUCUCAUCGGCUGUCUACUCGGAAGAGGAACUAUGAACAUACGGGAGAUGUGCACAAUAUUGAUAUGUAUCCCAAGGAAGGUGAGGUUUGGGGAAUUUACAAGGACAGAAAUCUGGUAAUGGCUUGCAAUCCUAGAGGAGCACUAUGUUAUCUGAUUGUGGUGAUCGUAGGCACAACAGAAAAAGAUGUAACAGUAGCAUGCUUAAGCAGAGUUGAGGGAUUCAAAGGCCUUUUCAAGAAAAGGAGCAAUCUUGCAAGUGGAGCAGAGUUCCUGGUUCCUGUAAAUGAAUUCCACAGGUUCUCGCACAACAUACCAUCUUACAGAUUUGAUGAAAAAUGCAGUAAUGAAUUUUUUAGGGGAGCUUUUGUAUUGAAUCCUUUUCUAGUGCCACUGAAACAUGAUGAGCCCUAUUCCUUCAAUGAUCCUUUUCUCGCGCAGAUACCAAAAGUCCAGUCAAGUUGGUCUGCUAUCCAGUACUUUGUCAAUAAACAGCGGGAAUCUAUUAGCCUGGCCAGUCAAGAGAAUAGCUAUGAAGACUCAGAAAAUUGCACUCUAAGCUUAUCAGUAGAACAAGAGCAGAUUAUCGUAGAGAAUUUACGAGAAGGGGAACCAUACACUGGUGAGAUUUCCCCAGCAGAAGUCCAUGAGAGUGAAAGAAUGGAAUGUGAAACGGAUGAACAUGAGACAAUUCAUCAUAUCAAGUUUCAUGAUUUUGAGGAUAGUAAGUCAGAAAGCGAUGUUGAACUAGGUGAGGUGUGGGCAUUCUGCAAUAGACUAAACGAACUUCCUUUCUCUUACGCUCGCAUAGAUAAGUUUCUCAAUUCAGGAGGAAUGUUAGAUGUGACACUAUUACAACCUCAUCCUGUGGCUGAUGAGGAGAUGCAAUGGGUUGAAGCAAAUUUACCAAUGGCAUGUGGGACUUUUAGAGCAUCUCAAUCCACAUGUAUUGAGAAAAAGUUACUGUUACACAGAGUGAUAUGUGCUCAUGAGCAGCCAUCAAAACUCUUCUUCAGAGUAUAUCCUAGAAUAGGUGAAACUUGGGCAAUUUACAAUCUCUGGGAUAUCGACUGGACAAUUUCUGAUAUGAGUACCAAUGUCCAAUAUAAGCUGGUAGAGAUUGUGACAGAUUUCACUCAGGAAGCAGGUGUUACAGUGGCAGCCUUGGUUAGAGCAGAGGAGCAUGAUAAUGUAUUCAGAAGGCAGUUGCAUGAAGGCUUUUGGCUGUUUAUGACAUUUAAAAGAAAAGAACUGUUAAGGUUUUCGCAUCGAAUUCCUUCUCUUAAAAUUACUGGAGACCAAGCUGGGGGAUGCACUUCUGGAGGAUCCUUUAGGGUCAAGUUCAGUCAUAAUGGGAUCUAAGCUAAUGAAUUGCAAUUUGGAAAAAUGAGCUAUGAUCAAUAAUAUGAAAGCUUGUAGUUAGGCUCAACCCGUUACUUGGAUUAUGCAUUCAACUAUCACCAUAUCUGCUAUCUACAGAUAUAAACAUUCACCUCAAGCUAAGUCCAACGAUGCUAUAGAUGCCAUCAAUCUCAGCUUUUGUUCUUAUGCAGUGUUGUGAGUGCAGCCGAGCCUGCUCUUAUAUGUAGAUUUCUCUUUGAUUGAUGGAUUAUUUGUUUGUAAACUUCAUCUUUUUGUUGGUGUAUGCUGUAUUCUCUUAGGUAGAGAGAGAGAGUCUGAUUUUUUGUGGUUAGUUUUGGGUGUAGAAGUUAGAUUUUGGUUGUAACUUAUUGUUCUCCCUUUUAUGUAUGUAUAUUUGGAGUUUGAUCUGCA